AUGCAAAUCCAAAUAACCCCAGCGCGGUUUCCCGACGAUGCCGCAGCUAUUCUCGUUCUAUUUUCCGGUUAUGCCGCCUCGCUCAACAUCGACCUGAGCUUUCAGUCAUUCCAAGAAGAGCUGGAUUCACUUCCAGGAAAAUAUGCCUCAUCUCAGGGAGGUGCGCUCUUGAUCGCUCGAGAUCUGUCUCAACGGAGUUGUCCUGUUGAUCAAUCGGCUGAGUCUUCUACCCCGCCAUGCCCCACGGCUCUCGGAUGUGUCGCGCUGCGGCGUAGUCCCGAUGGAUGGUGUGAGAUGAAGCGUCUCUAUGUUCUCGAGGAAGCACGAGGAGAGCGGCUUGGAGAAAGACUCGUCGAAGCCAUCCUGGCACAGGCUCGAGCGUUUGGCUAUCGUGGUAUCCGGCUGGACACGCUGCCAGAGAUGACCGCGGCACAGCGACUAUAUCGAAAGUACGGAUUUGUGGAUAUCGAGGCAUAUUAUGAAACUCCCAUUCAACGGACGGUAUUUAUGGGCUGCGAAUUUAGACAUUCCUAA